CCAGUGAGGCAGCUCGCUUGCUGCGAUCUGCUGGCUCUGAGGAGGCGCUUGAGGACUUGGCGGAGCCUGCAAGCGCUCAGAUGCACUUAGCGUUUUAACGAGCAUCCCAAUGCAGUGGCUAUACCAUCACCCCGAUGGCAAUCCGCAAGGAGGAAUUUGCCUUUAAUAUCGCGGAACUCUCGCCGCUGUGUUUUGUGCAGGCUUUCCUAGAAUAAUCAGUAAAAGCAAGGGAGAAAGAAGAUUCGCCUUGGAUUAGUUUACAUUUUUGGCACAUACAGAAGCAACCGCUAUGAUGUUUCUGCAUCGAGGGAUUUUCUUUCUGUGUGUCUAUGGAGCUAUGUGCACCGUCUUUUCCACCGAUUCCCCCAAUCAGCUAGGAGACGCCUUAUUGAAUGGAAAGUCGAGUCGGAAUGAAAGCAGGUUCAUCGGCAAAGAGAAUACCCUCCCUCUUCGUUUGAUUUACCGCAUGGACAAUGGCAACCAAACGGCGCAUGGCAUCCUCAACACCCGGAUUAAAAGCAGCGCCGAUGUGAAUCAGCAAACAACACAUGUUGCACAAGCAAGCUUCCAAAUUGAUGUUUUUGGGGAAACAUUUAUUCUGGAUGUGGAAAUAAAUCACGAUUUGCUUUCUUCAGACUAUGUUGAAAGACAUAUUUCAGAAGGAGGAAAAUCUGUGAGUUCCAAGGGUGGUGAGCACUGUUAUUAUCAAGGCAAAAUCCGGGACAUGCCAAAAUCUUUUGUGGCUAUUUCCACAUGUCAUGGACUUCGGGGAAUGUUCUUUGAUGGUAACCACACCUAUAUGAUCUCACCAGAUGAAAGAAGUGAAUCAGAGGAUGAUUCUCAUUUUCAUGUCGUUUAUAAAACUGUUGGUAUGGAUUCGGCCCUUAAUGAUCCAAUAUUUGAUAAUAUUCAAGGAAAUAAAGUAAAUGAGAAGACAUCUCCCAUCAAAAUAUCAAAUAUACGGAAAAAGAGACAAGUUUCACGCAUUCCACACAGUGUUGAAAGAGAGAAGAAAUAUGUGGAGCUCAUGAUUGUAAAUGAUCAUCUGAUGUUUAAAAAACACCGCCUGUCCGUUGGUCAUACGAAUAACUAUGCAAAAUCUGUGGUGAAUAUGGCAGAUAUAAUUUUUAAAGAACAGUUAAACACAAGAAUCGUUUUAGUUGCAAUGGAAACCUGGGCGACUGACAACAAAUUUAAUAUAGAUGAGAACCCCCUGAUCACACUGCGGGAAUUCAUGAAGUACAGAAGGGACUUCAUUAAAGAAAAGUGUGAUUCUGUUCACCUAUUCUCUGGAGGCCAUUUCCACAGCAGUCUGGGUGGUGCUGCAUAUCUUGGUGGAGUCUGUUCUUUAACAAAAGGUGGUGGUGUCAAUGAGUAUGGAAAAGCAGAUGAAAUGGCCAUUACACUUGCUCAAACCUUGGGUCAAAAUAUUGGAAUUUUUUCUGACAAGAAAAAGAUGAUCAGUGGUGAAUGCAGGUGUGAAGAUACAUGGUCUGGAUGCAUAAUGGAAGACAUUGGCUAUUACCUUCCUAAAAAGUUUUCCCAGUGCAACAUAGAAGAAUACUAUAAGUUCUUAAACAGUGGAGGAGGAGCCUGCCUUUUCAAUAAGCCAUCAAAGCUUCUUGAUCCUCCGGUUUGUGGAAACGGAUUUAUUGAGCCCGGGGAAGAAUGUGACUGUGGCACUGCUGCUGAGUGCCAGAAAGAAGGAGGAGAUUGUUGUAAAAAAUGCACGCUGACUGAGGGAUCGAAAUGUAGUGAUGGCUUGUGUUGCAAGAAUUGUCAGUUUCAGCUAAAAGGUAUUGCUUGUAGAGAUGCUGUGAAUGACUGCGACAUUCCAGAAAAUUGUACUGGAAAUUCAAGCCAGUGCCCACCAAAUGUUCAUAAAAUGGAUGGCUAUACUUGUGAAAAAAACCAGGGACGUUGUUUUAAUGGAAGAUGUAAAACUAAAGAUGGACAGUGCAAGUAUAUUUGGGGAGAAAAAGCUACAGCAGCUGAUAAAUAUUGUUAUGAAAAGUUAAAUAUUGAAGGGACUGAAAAAGGUAACUGUGGAAAAGAUAAAGAUACCUGGAUUCAGUGUAAUAAACAAGAUGUGCAUUGUGGAUACCUGCUGUGUUCCAACAUUUCCCCUGCACCAAGACUUGGAGAGCUACAGGGUGGUCUGACUUCCUACUCAGUGGUACAACAAAGUUCAGCUUUGGACUGCAGUGGAGGCCAUAUAAUGAUAGAUGAUGACAUGGAUCUCGGAUAUGUGGAAGAUGGAACCCCUUGUGGAGCUGAAAUGAUGUGCUUUGACCACAGAUGUGUUUCUGUGCAAGUUUUUAAUUUUAGCACCUGUCCUGGCACUUAUGACAAAAUGAUUUGUUCAGGCCAUGGGGUAUGCAGUAAUGAGUUGAAAUGUGUUUGCGAUAGGCAUUGGACUGGAGAAGACUGCAAUAUUAACUCUCCUUUAAAGGAUGCAUUGUCCAUUGAUGAAGCUGCAGCACCUAGAGGUAUCGGUAGCACAAACAUUAUCAUUGGUGCCAUUGCAGGCACCAUUCUAGUGCUGGCGGUCAUUUUAGGAAUAACUGCCUGGGGUUAUAAGAAUGUCCUCUCAAAAGUCUUUACAAUGGUAACUGAUUUUUAUUUCUUUCUGUUCUCAACCCCGGAAAGAAAUUAUCGCAAACGGAGACAAAUGCCACCAGGUGACUAUGUAAAAAAGCCGGGGGAUGCUGACUCCUUCUAUAGUGACAUGCCUCCCGGAGCAAGCACAAACUCUGCUUCUAGCUCUAAGAAGAGGUCUGCUUAUCUGUCCCAUUUUCAGAUCUAUACUCGUUCCUUCACUCCUUCCAUCCCAUCCAUUAGUCAGAAUAUUUCAUUGUUUGGCAUCAGAUCAAAUGGACUUUCCCAUUCAUGGAGUGAACGAAUUCCUGAUUCCAAGCACAUUUCAGAUGUUUGUGAAAAUGGUCGCCCCCGAAGUAACUCCUGGCAAGGCAAUGUAGGAGGGAAUCGAAAGAAAUUAAAAGGAAAAAAAUUCCGACCCCGUUCAAACUCAACUGAGUAUUUAAACCCAUGGUUCAAAAGAGAAUAUAAUGUAGCUAAAUGGGUAGAAGAUGUGAAUAAAAACACUGAAGGACCGUUCAUUAGGACAUUGUCUCCAGCUAAAUCCCCUACAUCCUCAACAGGCUCCAUUGCCUCUAGUCGGAAAUACCCAUACCCUAUGCCACCACUUCCUGACGAGGAGAGGAAAACCAACAGACAAAGUGCCCGGCUAUGGGAGACGUCAAUUUAGUCAGCUUUACUCUGCCACUUCAUGGGGACUGCAUUUUCUUCCAAUUUUAUAAGGACAACAUCAAGGAAAUGCCUUUAUGUACAUCCAAGAAUGACUCGUUUUCAGAGACUAAAACAGUGCAGUAGGACAACCUACGGACGCACAGGCCAUCCACCUCGCCUCUGGAAGACACGUUUAAGCUGGCAACUGCACAAGACGAGGAGGACCUGCGUUACACCUAAAUACCGUGUGUAUGUCUCAAUACAUUAGAAAAGACAGACACAAAAAUGUACAGACUGGGACUAACGUCAACAGGAGGAAAAGGUUUUCAAAACCUCUCUUGGUAGUAAAGAAAGCUCUUCAUUUGAUUUGGUGCUGUUCCAUCGGCGGAUUCAUGUCACAUUUUAAAGCACGCAGCCACAGUAGAAACUAAAACAACAUAUGCAUGAAAGCGCUCUUUAUUGAUCAUGUAGUUUUUUAAAGAAAUGAAUACACUUGAGGCUCACAGCAUGAGGAGGACGGAAAUGAGAAAUAAAAAGGGACUAUUGUUUUGCUUUCUUUACAUUUUAUUCUCAUUCUCAUUUCAGUGGUUUAUAGGCAGAUAUCAUUCUUUCUUUUAUGGGGGAAUUUGAGUUGUUCCUGAAAUGUAAAUAUGUAUAUAUGGCUUUAAACUCACUGGACAUAUUCUUUUAAUUUGAUUUUAUAAAAGAUGCUUUUUUGAAAGAAAAAAAAAAAAAAUCUUACUUUGCUAACAAUACGUAGCCUCUGUAAUUUAUCCAGAAGGCAAUUUUAGGGGCUUCCUUUUAAAGAGAAAAACAAAAAACCUCAGUAUUGACGUGUUUGUUAGCUCUACGCAUUGCUCUAUGCUGUCCAUUAUGCCAUUUAAAGUUUGCUUUUUGAACUAGCCAUAAACCUGAAAUGCACUAACUCCACAUCUCAGUAUUACCCAAAUGCAAAGAGGUUAAAAGUCCCACUAAAUAUGCCACCCUUGGCUCACAAACUAACAUUUUUAAGUAUAGCAUUUUUGACUUAAAUGUUUUCUCUGCUGAAGGAAACUUGAUGCGGUGACCGGGGGAAAAAACGAUGCACACCAGACUCCCAGACUGUACUGCUGCAUAUAAAGCCAUCUUCAUACAUGUUAUUAAGCACAAAAUUGUAUAAACUGUAUUAAGUGUAUUUACUUCUGCUGUUCAAUCAGAUCUGAAUGAUGUGCUAUGACUCCUGAGGUCUUCAGAAAUAAUAUCUUUCAUUGUAGACUUAUUGUUUUUCUCAGAACAUAUAGAAAAGAAUACAAUUAUAUUCCAGAGGAAAUCUGUUAAAAUGGUUGUAGUAGAUUAUGGAACAAUUUUGCAUGAACUUAUAGUGAAUGCACUUAAGUAUGAAUAAUUUUUACAUUUUUUUAAUUAACACAGCCGUUUACAGUGAUACAUAAUGCCCAUGUGUAGAAUGCAUACAUGCUUUGUGUAACGCUGACACACACAUCAGUUUUGUAUUUAACAUGAGACGCCUUUAAUCUCCUCCACUAUUUUGAACAAAAUAAAUACUGAAUAAUUAUUUAGUGUAUCCACAAAAGGAGACAACGGUUUCUAGAAAA